CGUCUCAUAGUCUAAACCCUGCAAACGAAUGGCCCCUGUUUCUCCAUUCACUCGCUCUCAGCUCUGGAUUGACUCUUGUUUUCCCAGCGAUGUUCAUUCAGAAGGCAUGGAGGACUGCGGCGUUUGGGAUCUAUGGCUUCACUCAGUUCACCAAAUCGGGGUUCCAGGAGCAUUCCAAGAAUUUCAAAGCAGAGGAUAUGCAGAUACAAAUGGAUGGGAAGAACUGCAUGGUCACUGGUGCUAAUUCUGGCAUUGGUUAUGCUACUGCUGAGGGUCUUGCAUCACGUGGUGCAACUGUGUAUAUUGUGUGCCGAAAUGCGGAGAAGGGGGAAGCUGCUGUUUCUGAAAUGCAGACAAAGACUGGAAACCCAAACAUACAUCUUGAGGUCUGUGAUCUUUCAUCUAUCAGUGAAGUCAAGGCCUUUGUUUCCAAAUUUUCUUCACAGGAUAAACCACUUCAUGUCUUGGUCAACAAUGCUGGCCUAAUGGAACAUGACCGUGUGAUUACUUCAGAAGGACUCGAGUUGAACUUUGCGGUCAAUGUAGCAGCAACCUAUACUUUGACAGAAUUAAUGUUGCCAUUGUUGGAGAAAGCAGCACCCGAGGCUCGCAUUAUCACAGUCUCCUCUGGUGGGAUGUACACAAGUCCUUUGACCAAGGACUUGCAGUUUAGUGAAACCAAAUUUGAUGGAACAUUACAAUAUGCUCGGAACAAGAGAGUUCAGGUGGCAUUAACUGAAAAAUGGGCAGAAAUGUACAGCAGUAAGGGAGUUGGAUUCUACUCGAUGCAUCCUGGCUGGGCUGCUACACCUGGUGUUACCAAAAGCUUGCCUGGCUUUUCAGAGAAAUUAUCAGGCAAACUAAGAACAAGCGAAGAGGGUGCUGAUACUGCCGUUUGGUUAGCUUUACAGCCAAAGGAAAAACUGGUAUCGGGUGCAUUUUACUUCGACCGCGCAGAAGCUCCUAAGCAUUUAGCACUUGCAGGGACUGCAAAAUCGCAUGCUGUUAUCGAUACAAUCAUCGACAGUCUCCAAUCAUUGUGUGGUUUUUCAUCCAAUUAAUUUCACUUCUCGAAUGAGAGAAUCAAUGCUACAUUCUUGAGACCUUGUCUGGUUCCAAAUUUAUACAGAAAAUGGUGAAUUUAUGUGACUUUUUAUCAUCAA